AUGGAAUCAAAUCAAAAAAACGGGGAUGGAUUGACCGGCACUCAAAAAGAAGCAACAUUACGUGCAUUGAUUCACCGCACAGGAUAUAGCUUGGUGCAGGAAAAUGGACAAAGAAAAUAUGGGGGACCCCCUCCAGGGUGGGAAGGCCCACCUCCUGAGAGGGGCUGUGAGAUUUUCAUUGGCAAAUUGCCACGGGAUCUUUACGAAGAUGAACUUGUACCCGUCUUGGAAAAUAUUGGAAAAAUAUAUGAAUUACGGAUGAUGAUGGACUUUAAUGGCAAUAAUAGAGGAUAUGCCUUUGUAUUGUUUACUAAUAGACAAGAUGCCAAGAAUGCAAUUAAACAACUUAAUAAUUAUGAAAUAAGAAAUGGCCGCCUCUUGGGUGUGUGUGCAAGUGUGGACAAUUGCCGGCUGUUUGUUGGUGGGAUUCCUAAAACAAAGCGGAGGGAUGAGAUUCUGGCAGAGAUGAAGAAGGUCACAGAAGGGGUGAUGGAUGUCAUUGUGUACCCCAGCGCAGCAGACAAGACCAAAAAUCGAGGAUUUGCCUUUGUAGAAUAUGACAGUCAUCGAGCUGCAGCAAUGGCAAGGCGCAAACUGUUACCAGGAAGGAUUCAAUUAUGGGGGCACCCAAUAGCAGUGGACUGGGCUGAACCAGAGGUUGAAGUUGAUGAGGAAACAAUGUCAUCAGUUAAAAUUUUAUAUGUACGUAAUCUUAUGCUACCAACCAGUGAAGAAGCAAUUGAGAAAGAAUUUAAUAGCAUCAAACCAGGCACAGUUGAAAGAGUCAAGAAAAUCCGAGAUUAUGCAUUUGUUCAUUUUGUCACCCGAGAAGACGCAAUUAACGCCAUGCACAGGAUGAAUGGAAAGGUGUUGGAUGGCUCUCCAAUUGAAGUCACUCUGGCAAAGCCUGUGGAUAAGGACAGUUAUGUGCGUUACACCCGAGGGACAGGAGGCCGAGGGGCAUUGCUGCAAGGAGAAUAUACCUACACCUUAGGACAGGUAUAUGAUCCUGCAGCUGCCUACCUUGGGGCUCCUGUCUUCUAUGCACCCCAGGCCUACACUGCUAUUCCCCAUCUGCGGUUCCCAAACAAGGGGCAUCUCAGUGCAAGGGGGAUGAUACGGGCUCCCUCGGUGAGAGAAAUUUACAUGAAUGUACCUGUAGGGGCUGCAGGAGUUAGAGGGCUAGGAGGACGAGGUUAUUUGGCUUAUACGGGUGUUGGGCGUGGUUAUGCAGGUUACCACGUGAAGGCAGACAGAAGGCAAGAGGAGAAACUUUACGACCUCUUGCCUGGAAUGGAGCUCACUCCAACCAACCCAGUGACCCUGAAACCACAAGGAAUAAAGCACCCAUCUCAGGUCUUAGAAGAUAUCUGCCAAAAAAACAGCUGGGGACAGCCUGUUUACCAACUUCACUCAGCAAUUGGACCUGACCAGCGACAACUCUUUGUAUAUAAGAUCACUAUUCCUGCUCUUGCUAAUCAGUAUGCAAACAUCCAACCAUUCACACCACCCAAACUGUGUACAUCUGUCGAAGAAGCAAAGAGUUAUGCAGCAGAGCAUGUCCUUCAGAUCCUAGGUCUUCAGAGUGAAGGGACGGAGCCUCCCGCAGCUGCAGCUUUCACAGGCUACACAUUAGCAGGAGCAGCAGCCACUGUGGCAGCGACACAACUGAAACAAGCGGUUGCCCUUGGCCAGGACUUAGCCACAUAUGCCACGUAUGAAGGUUAUCCCACAUUCGCAGUGCCAACGCGUGGUGACACCUAUGGAGCUUUCUGA